AAACGAAAACUUGGCAAUCAGUCAAAUCAAGCACAACUUUCAGAUUUUAUCGAAAGUACAAAAUUGAUGCCAGAACAAACAGCGUUUGCUAAUCAGGGGAUUAUUAAGAAAUUAAAUAGUUCAAGAAAUCUAACUAUAGCGUGUGAUGGUUGGAGCAAUCCUUCUAACGAUUCUAUUUGGAACUUUGUUGUAUAUACUCCGGAUCGUUGUCAAUAUCUCACACUUAAAACUCUAGCCGAAGAAAAUUUGGUUGAAGGAGGAGGACUUAAGCGGUGGGUGGAUACCCGUUGGCAUACUAUGUAUGAUUGCGUAUUUUCAAUUAUAAGACAUAAAGUGCCUCUAGAAAUAAUUCGUAAUAGUGAUAAUGUAAAUGUUUCAGUGCAGUCAGUACUACGCACAAGAGCAUUUUUUGACGAUUUAAAUGCAUUAGCAUUUGUACUUCGCCCUAUUAAGCUAGCCAUAUCAAUUCUUGAAUCACAAAAUUGUUCACUAGCUGAUUGCUUCGUUGGUCUAGUUUGUUUGGGAGCAGCAAUUAGGAGACUUCCGGAGAAUGAUUAUUGUAGUUUUCGUCAACAAGCAAUUACAGUUUUUAAUAGAAGAUUUGCAGAGUUUGACGAUGAUGCAUAUAUCUUAUACUUUUUUUUACAUCCUGGAUACACUGAGAAUCAAAUUUUGAAAAGCAACAAAGAUAGAAUAGUCAAACUGGAGUUUCAAAUACUAUUUUUAAAUAAGUUGGUCUUAAAACUUAAACUAGAGCAACUUGAAGAUAAUAAGAGGAAGAAAAAGUGGGUUGUUUUCAUUCAAUAA